AUGUAUUCAUUUCACGUGUGGAAUGGAUUGGAUGGGUACCAAAAUUAUGUGAGCCAUUGUGAAGAAUACAUAAGGAAGGAAUUCCCCAUUGCUUCUCCUGCUGAACAUGAGAAGAACCAUAUCCCUGUUGCUGAAUGUGGUCAAGGACCUGCUUACACUGCCAUGUCUCUUUCUUGCCAUGCCAUCAAGGCCAAUCAACAAACCGCUGAACUUGCAAAGCUUAGCGGCUACAAGCGUUGCACCGGUGAAUCGUCGUAA